AUGGCGCCUCAAGAGCUGAAGGGCGUUCUCGUCGCCCUUGCCACCCCUUUCACCCCCGACCAAAAGUCAAUCGACACCAAGCUGCUCGACGAACACAUUCAACGCCUCAUCGCCAAAGGUGUCCACGGUCUUGUUCCUGGGGGCAGCACCGGCGAGUUCACCGCACUGGACGCCGAGGAGCGCAAGAUCCUUAUCGAACAGACCGUCAAAUCCGCUGCCGGCCGCGUGCCCGUCGUCGCCGGCAUUGGCGACCUCUCCACCGUCCGCGCCGUCGACCACGCCGUCCACGCCGCCUUCGUCGGUGCUACUGCCCUUAUGGUCGUUCCCCCCUUCUACGAUGCCCCCAACCUGGCUCAGCUCCGCGAGCUUCUCAGCGAGAUUCACCAAGCUUCAAAGCUCCCCAUCGUCUACUACAACAUUCCCUCCGCCAGCGGUGUCACACUAUCUCCUUCUGAGAUUGCCUCCUUGUCCGAGGUUGGCGUCACACACUUGAAGGAUACCUCUGGAAACGGCCCCGCCCUCACGGAGCUGAUCUUCAGCACUGCCACCAACUCCCGCAUCACCGCCUUCAACGGUUGGGAUACGCUUACCUUCUACGGUCUCGCUGCCGGCGCCAAGGGUUCCGUAUGGGGCGCGACCAACAUCAUUCCUGAGUUGUCUAGCCAGCUGUGGCAGGCCAUUGCCGAGGAUGCGGACCUGAGGAAGGGCAGGGAGCUGUGGGCCAAGAUCUUCCCCAUCUGCAAGUUCUUGGAAUCGCACAACUAUGCUUCGGCAGUGAAGACUGGUAUGGAGCUCCGCGGGUGGAAGACCGGUGGCCUGCGCAAGCCGUUUGCGCUCCUUGAGGGUGAGCCACGGAAAGAGCUGGCUGGGUUGUUGAAGGACGCUGGUGUUGAAGUUGUCGCAUGA